AUGACAGUCGAAGCAAUUGAAAACGGGUGGUUCGAGCCACUGCCGUUGCAAAAAUACCAAGAUUUAGUGAUCAAAUCUAUUCCUGAAAAUCUUUCUGGCUGUCCUCCAGACAAAACAGUGGGUAAUCCUGCAGUGCAAGUGGCUUGCGGACCAAACCUAAGAUUCUUAGGUUGCCUUGAAAACGGCCAAACCAAUUACAGAGGAACAAUCUUGCUUGUUAUUCGCGACGCCCCGGAGACUGAAAGGGUAGAGCCUUCUAUUGAGUAUUAUAUUGGGCCUGCUACCACUUCGACUGGCUCUCUCCAGUUGAGCAAGGGAGAGUUCCCAGGAACUCUAUUUCACCAAGAACAGGGCCUGAGUUUUUGGAGAUUUAGCAUGGAACUACAUUUACAAGAGUAUGAGCAGAAAGUAAAGUAUUCUGUUAAUGGCGAGUACAACGAGAACUUUCAAUUUUACCUGCCUUCUGUCGAGCAAUCCAUGAAUGUCAUGUCUUACUCUUGUAACGGCUUUUCAUUGAGUGUCAAGACUGCAGACUUCAAAAGUUCGCUGUGGUACGAUGUUAUGCGCAGACACAAUGAGUUGCCUUACCAUGUGAUGGUUGGAGGGGGUGAUCAAAUCUAUUGCGACUCCGUGAAAAAGUCUUCCAAGCCUUUUGAGAAAUGGCUAGAACAUAAGAAGCUGCACUCUUACGACAAGCUCACUGAUGAAAUUGUUGAUUCUCUCAAAGAAUAUUAUCUGACCAAUUACAUACAAUGGUUUGGCAAAGGGUAUUGGGAAGGAACAGCAGGUGCUACUUUGCAGUGUAUCUACCCUUUGGCCUUGCAACAAAUUCCACAAAUCAACAUUUUUGACGACCAUGACAUCAUUGAUGGUUUUGGCUCGUACAGUCAUCGUACCAUGACUCAGGAUAUUUUUAAAGGUGUUGGUAACAUUGCAUUCCAGUAUUAUUUAUUAUUCCAGCACCACACCUCUCCUACAGAAGACUGCAAAUCUGAACCUUCUUGGAUUUUGGGAGCCUCUGUCGGUCCCUACAUCAAACAGUUGUCCAGAUCUCUUUAUACAAGGCUAGGAAAAGAGGUUGCACUAGUCGGCUUGGAUUGUAGAACGGAAAGAACGAAAAAGCAAGUUGUUACGAAAGAGACCUAUGCCCGUGUGUUUGAAAGAUUAAAACAAGAAAUCACUGCAUCUAACGGUGAUAUCAAACACCUUCUUGUUUUGCUUGGUGUCCCGAUUUGCUACCCUAGAAUGGUGUGGAUUGAAUCCAUUCUGGGGUCCGCUGCUCUGGGUCCUAUCAAGUGGUUGGCCAGGAAAGGAAUCAUUGCCAAGGGUCUGGUUAAUGAGUUUGAUGGUGGUGUGGAAUUACUAGACGAUUUGAACGAUCAUUGGUGUGCUGUUCACCAUAAGAAGGAACGCAAUUGGCUGAUGGGAGAAUUGACAAAAUUCGCUGGAACACAUGGUGUCAGAAUCACCAUUCUUUCCGGGGACGUCCAUCUUGGCUGUCUUUCACGAAUGAUGACAAAAAUGCACAAACAUCACAUCUUCAGCAGCAGGAUAGACGAGAACCGCAAGGAGAUUUUGGCGCACCCAGAACACGAUCCAAGACUAAUCUUCAAUGUCAUUUCCUCUGCCAUUGUGAACACUCCGCCACCUAACGGCAUGGCAACGCUACUGGAGAAAAGAUCCAAAAUCCACCACUUUGACUCGAAUUGUGAUGAAGACGUUGUGGACCUGUUUGUAAGAGAUACCAACGGCUCUGCAAGGGCCAACCACUUGUUUUUGAACAAGCGAAACUAUGCCGAUCUUAUUCCUUUCAAAAACCUCAAAAAUACAGAGCGUUACAACAAGUUCCGCCCAGGAGAUCUGAUCCAUCCAGGGCCAUCUGAAGCAUUGGAGAAAGCAGAAAGUGUUGGGGACGGAAGCUUUUCCACCAAGAAGAUUGGCUAUCCUCUGGAUCCAAAUUCUCUCGUGACCACGUUCCAUUUCGAGGUCGACAUGAGGGACACAAACUCUCGAACUUACGACUACGAGGUUUUGAUUCCUCAAUUAGAAGGAACUUACGAUUUGAAAGACGUCGGUCUCAAAUAG